CAGCAUGUUUUUCGCGAGGACCAGCUGUGUGUGUGGGACAUUGGCGCACGCUGCUGUGUGAAAUCGCAGCAUCAGUUUGAAAAGGGACAAUGAGGAGAGAAGAGAGGACCAUCCAUCCCUAUCCCGCCAGCGUCAAGAAACAUAACACUUCUCAACCUGGGGCAGUCCGUUUACAGGGUAGGCUAGAUUCUGAAAAAGUAUGCUCUGUUUCCGAAUAGCCUACAUGGCUCAAACGGUGUAGCUAUAUUGACAGGUAGCAAAUGUACAUUUUAGUAUCUGGCUUUAUUACCAGAAUUUUGUAUACCGGUAUGCCCCUGGCUGAUAAGCAAGGAGGUGAUCUGUGGAGGAGACACGGCAACUGCACUGCAACGAAGUGAAGUUCACCACCAGCGGCUCUGCAGAUCUUCUGGAGUGAACCAGAGGACACAGACAUCCAACCAAAAGUCCUGAAAACUGCAUCUGGAAACCUGAAGGCCUGACACAAGAACGGGUUAAACCCAGUAUCUGAAUACCUGAAAACAGGACUAUCUGACAGGACUGCCUCGGAAGCUCAGAGGACAGAGUUGUUGACUCUGGGAGCCAACCGAGCUCCAGGAUGGGUGGCUUCGUUGGCUCAGGAUGGAAAAGUUCCCCAUCACCGCAUGACAAAUCACAGUUGUUGCCCAGAAUCCGUUAAAUAAAUGGCUUGACCUGAGUAAGUACUAAGUAUGAGUACAGACAGCCUGAAAGCUAGUAUAAGACAGAUAUAACUAAGGAACAAAAUACUCAUCAUACAUCAAUCCCAGAGUCUGUUAAAUGAAUAGGCUUGACCUGUGUGGCCUGCCUCAGGCUCAGGCGGAGGGGUCCCAGGUGUCUACCUGAGGUUGUUGUUCCGUUUUAUGGAGGCGUUGCACAGCCAUAGCUGCUUGCCGACUGGGGAGCAGUCCGGUGUUCACGACCAGCCUCAGCCAGGAGAGUCUACUCUGCCUCUCCCAGACCCUCAGCCUCCCAAAUCUCCCUCCUCCCAAAACCAUGAACCGCAGACACAACAGACUCGCUCCAAACAAGGAGGCCCUCAACAACAACAACAACAACAACAGCAACACCAUGGACAACACCACAAACUGCCUAAUAAGCGGGAGCGCAAGCGUCUCAGACAUCAGAGGCAAAGCGUUGAUUCCGACACCCCUCCGGCAGAGGAUGGUAAGCAUGCAAAGGCAGAGGCAACACCAACCAGAGUGGCUCGGACCUCGUCUGGCGGGACCAGGGCGAUUCCCUCCUCAUCAUCCACCUCCACCCAGUCUACAGAGGCUCCUGACACAGAGGAGAACCAGGAGGGCACCCUAAAGCAGAAACGGGAGCGUAAGCCUGGAAAACCUGGGAAAUAUGUGUGCUCUUACUGUGGCCGUGCCUGUGCCAAGCCCAGCGUCCUGCAGAAACACAUCCGCUCCCACACCGGAGAGAGGCCCUACCCUUGUGCUCCCUGCGGAUUUUCUUUCAAGACCAAGAGCAACCUCUACAAGCACCGGAAGUCCCAUACCCACAGGGUGAAGGCCGGCCUCGCCUCUGGAGAGCCCAGUGCUUUAGAAGAACCGGUUCCAGAGUCAGAAGACGAAACUAGACAGCCGUUGUCUGCUGCUUCUUCCAACAUGGAGAGACAAAGCAGUGUAGCCAAUGAGAAGACCCAUGAAGACACUGAGAGGUCUACAGAGCAGUCCAGCGGGAUGGACAACUCCUACGCCGUCAAGAAGAGGCUGGCCAUGCGUUUGAGCCGAGGGAAACGUGGCCCUCUAGGCUCGUCUGACUCGAUCAGUUCCUCGAUGGGUAUGGGGAGUAGAGGCAGCACAGAGUCUGGCUAUUUCUCUCGUUCUGAGAGCACUGAGCAGUCACAGGACAGCCCACCCAACGUAACCAAAAGUGCCAAAAGCUAUGCAGAGAUCAUCCUGGGGAAAUAUGGCCGUCUGGGCCACCUCCAGAGGAUGUCCCGGCAUCAGGACCAGCAGCCUUCUGGAAGCCAGGGACAGCAAGAGAAGAGCAUUCCAUUCACAGUGCCCAAGAAGCAGGUCAUUGACCACAUCACCAACCUCAUCACCAUCAAUGAGGCUGUUGUGGACACAAGUAAGAUCGACAGCGUCAAGCCCAGGAGGUUCUCUCUGUCUAGGAGAAGUAGCACAGAGUCUAAGGUUUCUUUAUCUCUGAAAGAGUCGCCUGUAGUCCACCACAGCACCAACAACCCUGGAGACACAGGUUUUAAGAGCAGUGGUUCCAUCACUAUGGGAGUUCCGUGUGAGAAGUUCCAUCAUCACCAGUCACUACACGUGGAUUCAACGGCAGGCCAGACAUCCACUUCCAUGGCUCCUCUUCUGAGAAGCCUCUCAAUGCCCUCUGCUGCUAGUUCUACUGAUGCCUCCUCUGGCGCCUGUCCACGAAACCUCCGCCUUAGCCAAUCUUUUGAUGAACGGUCUGAAACACAGUCUCGCCACAUUGGGAUGCUACGACGCCAGCCUGCUAUCGAACUAGGUGCUGAAUUCAAUAAAGAAGAACAUAGUUUACACAGUAGCUCCAACACGCUCUACAAUCACAAUAUGUCCAUCGUGCCUCCUGACCAUAAACAAUGUCAACCAGAGCCGUACGAGUGUGAGACCUGUGGCGUUGGAUGUAAGAACUGGGAAGGUUAUAAGGCACACAAGAGAAGUCUGUGUAUAGCACGACUUCCCCAAGAGAGUCUCGGUACAACAAUAUGCCAGCUGGACCGUUCACAGUUGAUACACUAUCCGAUCAACAGACCAGGAGUUUUGGCAAUGCGCAAGAGAAGGAAAGAGGAGAGUUUUGAAUCUGAUGAUCCAUCCUCUCAUGUCUCCAUACCCACCUUGUCCACGUUGGUGCAAGGCAGAGACAAAAGAAGCGUAGCAUGCAAUAGAAACUCAUGGUCACGAUUAGAGCAGGAUUGGGGAGGGACAUCGAAAGGUUUCUCAGUGAUUCAACAUACUAGUUCAUUUGAGAAACAAGACACUUUGUUUACAGAGAGUCAAGGUAAAGAGGAGGCACAUAUUCAAUUCCCAUCUCAUGAGGAUGCGUCUCAAAAACAACUGCAGGAACACUCGUCCAAACCAACACCUCGCAAACUGGUGCGCCAACGCAAUGUUCAGGUCCCUGAGAUAUUCAUCACUGAAGAUUCCAACACCAAUGUUAUUGAGUCUGUUCAGACACAGUCAGAAAUGGCCUCCAUAAUGCCUAAACAGACCAAGAGGACAGAGGAGUUCCAGUGGCCACAGAGGAGCCUCACCCUGUCUGGCGUCCCCAUCGAGAAGCUGCCCCCGAAGAAGAAACGAACUCGACUUGCCGAGGCCGCCCAGUCUUCAGGGGAGUCCAUGUCCAGCUUUGACUCCAUCUCCCUGCCUCACAGCCCCAGCCAGGACAGUUGCGCUUCCCACGCAUCUAGCCGCUCUGCAUCCUUUGAGGAGUCCACCAGACCCGGAGACAUGGAGACCCUGGCUGGGAUACCAUUGAGGAGGUCCAGGGCGCCUAACAUGUUGACCGUCCCAGGGCUGCAUCAUCACAAAAGGGAGAUGCGGCGGUCGGCCUCAGAACAAGCACCUCACGACACACAGCAGCAGUCUGUCCUGAUGGCGAUGUCGGAGAUGCGGAGCAAGUCCUUUGACUACAGCAGUUUGUCCCCUGAGCGCUCUUCGGCCGGCUGGAGAGACAGACGCAAAUGUCUCCUCAUGAGACACACUCCGGUCAGGGACCCAGAGGAGGAGGAGCAGCCUGCCAAACCUGCAGAACUGAAGCAGAACCCCAGUUCCUGCAUUAUUGCCAAACACACAGCACUAAAGGUGAACAACCCUUCUCACUGCAGCCCCAGUCCUGACCCUGUCAGUCCCAGCGCCUUAUCUAGACAAAGCCCAGGUCCGCAACACCUUAGUUCGGCCACUGGUUCCCCUCUGUCAGGCGUUACAUCCUGUAACCCUGUGCAAACUCUUUGCGGAGAGCCUCCCUCACAAUGGAAACUGGAUCAAAGUAUUCAGUUGACUGGACAUUGCUUUGAAGUUCUACCCUCUCAGAAGUCUGUAGAAUCUCCUGAUCCCCUCCAGAGGGUAGCCCCAUCACCUCUCUGUUCGGGGAAUCCUGUAAUUAUCUCCCUCCGUCCUGUCCACACCUACAUCCACCCUGCCCAACCCCGCCCUGUCUACCCUCCCCACCCCCUCCACACCCAGUGCCCAUUAGGGAUUGCUAGGGCCCACUACCUUCCAAUAUCCACAGGCCUGAAGCUGGAGAUUCCAGUCCCAACUCACCGUCAUGAUGGACAUUCAGAGUUUGUAACACAUCCUCCGCAGAUCCUCCACCCUCACCCUAACAUCACACUCAGCCCAGAGUUACUCCGGCCCUCCAUAUCACCAGCCGUAGCAGUAGUCCGGCUACAGGCAGACACCAACACCCUAGCCAGUGCCAUAUACACCACUCUGUCCCAAACCACAACAUCUAGGUCCCAGGAACCUGUUUGUUCUGCAUUAAACAGUGGCAAUAGAAAUACCCUAACGUCUGAACAUAACAGCCACCUGGUCAAGACUCUGCCUGUAAGCAUUAAGAGGUUGUCUGAGACUCUGCUACCAGUCAGCCAGUUGACUCUGCCUCCAGGCAACCACUUGGCUUUGCCGCUGCCCCCAGGCAGCCAGUUGUGGUCUGAGGAGGGCUGUAGAUCUUCAGGCUCAGGAAGCUACAAGCGCAUGUUAUCCCCUUCAAACAGUGUCGAUUUUAGCCCUGAGUCUAAACAGCAGCAGAAACGAGUGAAGGAGGAAGAAGAGGAGAGUUGUGUAGGAAACGUAAUCGCAGAAACAUCAACAAAAGAAGAAAAGGUUGAAAUUCCAACAUGUUUACAGAGAGUGUGUACUCCCAUAAGUCCAGAAGGACCUUCAUAUCCAACCCUCCAGUCCACCACCUCUCACAGCUGGUGUUAUCUGAACUACGUCAAGCCAAACCCCUCCACCUCGACUGACCAGCCCUCAGUGUACUCCUCCUGGUCUACCAGCGAGUAUGACUCCAACCCUCCAGGCCUCUCCACCAAGACGGCCCUGUCCCUGUUGGACUGCAAGCAGAGGGUCAGCUACACCAUCUAUACCAUGUCUCCCAUGUCAUCCACCCCGGCAGAGACCACACCAGAGCCUGCCGACAUGAAGACGCCAUGCCCUUCUGAGGUACAUGCCACUCUGCCCGGCGACAGCCACCGUGUUGAGACAACAGAGCAAGAGCAGUCCGCAGAGGACAAGGAGCCAAAGAAAGAACGAGAGGAGGAGGAAGAGAAGGAAGAGAAGGAAAAAGAAGAGGAGGCCCAGUCAACCAGCAAAUGUAGAGAACCUCCACCGCGAAUCUGGAUCUGUGAGGGAGGCUACAGGUCUAGUGAGGAGUACGUGUACGUGCGGGGUCGAGGCAGAGGCAGAUAUGUGUGUGAGGAAGAAGUAGCUAACACAUCCUGCUGCCUGCACACUGACUCACGACCCUACGUCUGCAAGCAUUGCAACUUUGCCUUCAAAACCAAAGGGAACCUGACUAAACACAUGAAGUCCAAGGCCCAUGGGAAGAAAUGCAAUGACGGGCCAAUGACUGGCUCUUCCCUGGAAGAGGCUGAGGAAGGAGGCAGUGAAGACUGCUUAGUCUGGCCAGAAACAGGACAGGACGAGCACCAACACUCUGACGUCAGUGAAACUGAAGAAGAUGACGAUGACAACGAGUAUGAUGAUGAAGAUGAUGAUGGUGAAGAGGAGUCCUGGUCCCAUGAAGACCCUUCCUCCACAAGCCACCUGAAGCCACCCAAACCCCCAAACCAGAACAGAACCACACCAGACUGGGACAGGACCAGACCAUCUGGGUCAAACCAGCCCAGCCAGCCUCAGAGGCUGAAUCCCCAGGAGCCAAGCCUCUGUUACCUUGCUGGUUCCCCCAGCAAGAAGAGAGCUCUGUUCUCCCGGAGGAGGCACCUGGACUGCGCUGGUCACCGCUCCCCACGCCACUGUCCAUCACCAACCCUAUCUCCAUCAUCUCAUCGCCUGUCCUCAUCUCCAGCCCUAUCUCCAUCUCCAUCUCAUCGCCUGUCCUCAACUCCAGCCCUAUCUCCAUCUCCAUCUCAUCGCCUGUCCUCAACUCCAGCCCUAUCUCCAUCUCCAUCUCCAUCUCAUCGCCUGUACUCAUCUCCAGCCCCAGCCCUAUCUCCAUCUCCAUCUCAUCGCCUGUCCUCAUCUCCAGCCCCAGCCCUAUCUCCAUCUCUAUCUCAUCGCCUGUCCUCAUCUCCAUCUCAUUGCUUGCCCUCAUCUCCAGCCCUAACCCAAUCUCCAUCUCCAUCUCAUCGCCUGUCCUCAUCUCCAUCUCAUCGCCUGUCCUCAUCUCCAUCUCAUCGCCUGUCCUCAUCUCCAUCUCAUCGCCUGUCCUCAUCUCCAUCUCACCGCCUGUCCUCAUCUCCAGCCCCAGCCCUAUCUCCAUCUCAUCACCUGUCUCCUGCUCACUCCCUAUCCCCUAGAGUGGACCUGUCUCCUCUUCGCUGCCCUUCCCCUAGGCAUAACCUUUCUGCUGUCUCCUGCCACCCCUCUCAUCCACCACUCUCAUCUCUGCCCCCUAGUCAUAAACUGUCCCCUGCCCCCUGUCACCCCUCCCCACCCUCAUCUCUGUCUCUGCUAGGUUGUCAUGUCUCCCCCUCCCUAGAGAGACAUCCGUCCUCCCUAAGAGGCCUCUCACCUAUCAGGCCCAAGUCCCUCAGUGGUGGCUCCUCUGCCCCUCAGGUAACCAUCCCCGCUCAACACAGAACCUGUCUGCCCAGAGACCCAUCUUCAAAUCCCCACAGGGACAGACCUGCUACAGCUACAAGCUCCAAGGCACGGCUGAUGAAGAGCUACUCUGUUCAGGAGGAUGACGAGCUGCGUCCCCCUCUCCUGUCCCCCAGGACUAGACCAUCCCGAGGGGGCCAAGGGGGUGUCCUCAGCCACCUGCCUCUCCACUCCCAGCAGCUAGCCAGGACCGCCAACCUGCUGAUCCCCAUUGGGGGGAUCCACAUGGUACAGCCCAGGACCAGCCCACUCUACAGCUUGGUGACUAGCCCUGUGGCAGCAAAGGACACUCCUACUCCGGCAAGGAUGGACCAGUCCAUGACAGCCCAGAACACCCCUACCCCUUCAGAGAUGGACCGGUCCAGGAUCAGGAGAGCUGGACUGGACGAAGUGCCACUUAGUUGGCCUUCAUCAUUGAAGGACCAUCAGAACAGUCUGAAAGAGGCUGCUAGGCCUAGCACUAGCAUGCACACCAGUUACCAGGACAACAGGGUAGGAGAGGGAGGGGCCGGGGCCAAGUGCAGACAGUCAACACCUCUCCCAGACAAGGCAGGUAUGGCCCAUGUACACGUGUGCACCAUGAGACCAGAGAAUCAUGGGAGUUUGAGUCGAAGGGAAGAGACUAAACUACUGUUCACUGGCACAGAGGUAGCAGGCAGCUCACACACUACAGGCACCCGGACGAGCACUUUGUCCAAGGGAACCACACCCACAGAAAGAGAUACAGAUACACACGUUAGAGAAGGAAGUGUUUUUCCAGUGACUAAACAAGGCCAAAAGGUGCCGCCUUCUUUCCAGACUAAACUCUGAUAGGAAGGACCUUUAGGGAACAGUGCAACAGACUUGUCUUGGGGACAUCUGAUAUGGCAGUGUAUUUCCUACAUAGGGGAUACGGUGCCGUUUCAGAGACAGCCAUGAUCGCAGAGCUAGAAACAAUUCUGGUUUUGAGACUGAAGAAGACAAAAGGGAAUCCACAAGAAGAGCACUCGGGAGCGUACGGCUUCUGACUACAAUGUGAUUAUGUAAUUAUAUGAAUAAUAUAUAGAUAUGUUGAAUAUGCAGUAUAUGUUUUGUAAUCUUUUUUUACUCUCUUCUUUUGGUUAAUGGCAUUGCUGUUAAUGUAUUAUUGAUGUGCUCUUAUGCAAUUCGGUACUAUCCUCUGUGAGAUCUGGAAUGACAUGUAGAUAAAGAUUUUAUUUAGUCAAUCUAUUCCCCCGUCGACAACUCUAUAAUACAUUAUACUGCUCUCGCUGUUUUUAUACUGUACGAUGUACAGGUGUAAGGUCUUCAUUUGACAUAUAUUGUCACAGCAAAAUGAUCCUGCAGCAACAGGAUUUGAACUUUUAGACUAUAAUGUUGCUUGAUCGGUGGGUGGGCUGGUCAGAAGGAGGCUACACAAAAAGUGCAAUACUGUUAAUAUAACCGUGUGUUAGUGUGGGGUUACAGUGAAUUUAUGUAAAUCAAAAAGCUAAUCUCUGCAACAAGUGUGGUCAAAUGAAGAUCCUACUCCUGUACAACCAAAUAUAGAAAGGGACUAGACAUCUCACCCUGACCAGUAUUUUAAAGUGCAAUUUCUGUCAAGAUUGUGGCUUGGAAUGUUAUUCUUAAUGGCUGUGAUUUUUUUGUUUAUUUUAAAGCUGGAAUCCUUAAUGGUGAAACCACCACGUCCGUGUGCGAUAUUACAACAAAGAAGUUACUGCAAACAACGAACACUGUUGUUUUUCACUCGAACAUCAUUGCACGUGCGAUAGAACAGCAGAAUUUACAACGGUGGGCCGACGCUCCUCACCGCCGCUUCGUCAACAAAACUAAAACAUCGGCCAAGGGGCAGACAGUGGCACCGUUUUCCAUACUGUGGAUUCCAUAUUUAAAGAUGGUUUUAUAUGCUGCCUGGCUGUUUUGAAGAAUCAGGGUUAGAAUAAUAUCUUAUUUUCUACUAUCUCGUUGAGAGUAAAUCUUGGAAUAGGAACAGGCAUUCGGGGUAGAAAAGCUAACUCCACUCAUUGAAUAUUCAUACAAAUAUAUCUUGUUUUGAUCAUCUGCUGUACAUGAUGCAGUCUAUAUUUAUUGCCAUAAACACAGUAAUAACGUUUUUAUAAAGGAAGCAGUUUCCAUAUUUGUCGUUUUCAUGUGUCUUUUACCAUUAAAAUGAGUUUUUACAGAUUUAUA